AUGGCGGCCACCACGGGACUGACCCUCCUGGUCCUGCUGCUCUACUGCGGGCAGGGAGCCGACCUCCCGCCGAUCAACAUGAGCUCAGGUACAGCAACUACAACGAAUAAGACAAAUGUUCAGGAGGAUAUGCCUGGAGUAUUCGAUUCCAGCAUUCACGAGAGCGACCAGCUCAGUGUUCCUGAGGGUUUCCACAAGCUUGCAGACUUGUCACCAAUAUCCCUGGAGACUGAGGACAAAAUUCUCAAUGAACCCAGUUUGGACGCGUCUUACCGAACCAGUGGCCCCGAGGACUACCGUGACUCACAGACCUCAGGCACUGCAGACAGUCUUCACAGUAACGGAAAGAAGCACCCCAAAACUGACCAACAACUGAAACAAUCGGUUCUGGACAUGAUCCUUCAAAAUAUAGGAAAAUCUUCAGGUAAAGUGAACAACGGUGUGGUGACGAGAGGGGUCGUCCCCUUGGGGAGAAGGGAAGCACUGAGCCAGCUCAGAGGACCCUCGGGAGCCGUGAGCAGCUCUGGAGAGGAGCCUACAUCCUAGGGGCACCCUGCGAGCCCCACACCAGAGCCCACAGCCCGGGGUCACCAGCCACCUGCAGGCUCCGCCCCCUCCUUGGCUGA